AUGAAGCCUCUCAGGGCGCUGGCGGCGCUCGCGUACCUGGCGCUCGCGACGGUGACCUGGUCCUCAUUUAUCGCACUGAUGGUCCGCAUGCGCGCGCGCCGACACAAACGACCUGAAUAUUGGCCAAGUAAUGAGCCUUGGCCAGCACCAGACGGUCCAAUCAACGGGCACACGGAUUCAAAACCCCCGACGUACGUGCUAUGGUCCGGAAGGUGUGUGCACGGAACGACGCGUUUGGAUGAUUUCGACGACGGCGCUUUACUGAGCAAGCCCGAGAAGUGGAACCAUUAUACGUUGGGGAAGGGUGACACGUCGCACUACGCGGUCUUGGGCGUCGCGCGCGACGCGACGGCCCAACAGAUCAAACGAGCCUAUAGGGAAAAAACCAAGACGUGCCAUCCCGACGUCGACCCGUCCGACGAGGGACGUGCCCACUUCCAUCAGGUGACAUUCGCCUACGAAACGCUAAGAGAUGAUAGGAACGCCUACGACGGCGCCUUGCAAGUCAAAGAACUACAAUGGUUCUGUUCCAUGCUUCGACGUCUUAACCCGGGGUUGUGCGAAUCCAACUGGGUCUUGGCAAGUUGGUUGGCCAAGUUACGGCGCACCAGGAAAUACUCGAUUAUUGGUCUGUAG